CAGCGGCGUGGACCGCUCAUUGACUGCAGUCCACGUUGGCUGCUGGAGCCCGGAUGUAAAGUUCUGCAGGAAUGAGUUCUCAAACCAGAAAGCCUGUUGAUUUACAGCCCAUCAAAAAACGGCACAGAAUAAUGGAUCCCCCGGCAGAUUUGCACAUACGCGCGGAGGUGUCUGUGGUUAUCGUGCAACCAUCUGGUGCCGGUUGCACAACAUGCAUCACUGUCACAGUGACAUCCGCACUGCAGUUAGAGAGCGCAGAUGGAGCAGAUAUACCUGCCGCCUUCAGAUGCCUCACCCGUGUGACGGAAAGGCAGUCGGUUUCGCUGUCAUCAGCUGUCGUGGACGACCUACGCUGCUGGCAGGUGUCGGGGAGGCUGGCCAAAAUGGAUGAGCCGGGAAGCAGGAACAGCAGCCUGCAGAGGAAAAAGCCGCCAUGGCUCCAACUGGACAUUCCCACCAUCCAGCUGACAACGGACGACUCGCCCACACUCACCCAGCCGGUAAGACGGCUGCGCAGCGUCAGCUUGCCAGGUGAAAACCCUCAGACGUGCAUCGCUGCCUUUGAAACUUCCAACAACUACCUCAGACCUCCUCUGGAGAGAUUGCCCUCCUUCACACAGUCCAUCAAGAGUGAGAAAAGGGUGCGCUUUGAGCGGGUCAACACAGUUCCCCCAAAGGGCCAGAGGGGGCCCCGGAGGGAGUCCACCGUCCGAAGGCGGUCCUGCAUACCCAAGAUACUGACCCGACGGCGGUCAUCUAUACCCAAACAGAUCAUCAGGGGUACGGCCGACUGGUUCGGGGUGAGCAAAGACAGCGACAGCACCCAACGAUGGAGGAGGAAGAGCCUGCAGCACUGCAGCCAUCUGUACGGGGGUCUGAAGCCGCAGGUGAUGAGGGAGAUGGAGCUCCACAGCCAGGACAACAUCUCCCUGGCCAGCACUGAGACCCCUCCUCCCCUCUACCUCCCACCCUACCACUCCAGUCACCACCACUAUGGCAUGCAGAGGAUCGUCGACCCCCUGGCUCGGGGGCGUGCCUUCCGCAUGGUGGAAGAGGUAGACGGCUUCAGUGUCCCGCAAACUCCCAUCACGCCCGGCACCGCCUCCCUCUGCUCCUUUUCCAGCUCCCGCUCCGCCCUCAACCGGUUGCCACGCCGACGCAAACGGGAGUCGGUCGCAGUCAUGAGUCUCAAGGCUGCAGCAGCUUUGAUGAAGGGACGGACAUUAGCCGACAGCACCGGCGGGCGAUGUCGCCGGCGGAGUUUCAUGCCCCCUAGUUUCCUCGAGGACGACACCGUGGACUUCACUGAUGAUCUGGACACUUCCUUCUUCACCAGAGACGGGCUGCAGGAUGAGUUGUACAGCUACGCAGACGAAGUGUUCGAGACACCAUCGGAGGCCGACCUCAAACAGCUGGAUGAGAGCGAGCUCACAGGGAGUGCGUUGGAAAAGACCGAACUGGAGAGGAGUCACCUCAUGCUGCCCUUAGAGAGAGGGUGGCGAAAGGCAAAAAAUGUCUCUCUGGUCCAACCUAAGGUGCGUCUGAAACAGGAAGUGGUGAGCGCCAACAGCCAUCAGCAGCGGGGACAAAGGAUCGUGGUUCCUGUUCAGAAGCUGUUUGCCCGAGAGAAGAGGCCCUACGGGCUCGGCAUGGUCGGUCGUCUCACAAACCGGACGUACCGCAAACGCAUCGACAGUUUUGUCAAGCGGCAGAUUGAGGACAUGGGCGAUCACAGGCCUUUUUUCACUUACUGGAUCACAUGUGUCCAUUUGCUCAUCACCAUUCUGGCUGUCGCCAUCUUCGGCAUUGCCCCUGUGGGCUUCUCCCAACAUGAAACUGUCGACUCUGUGUUGAGGAACAAGGGAGUUUAUGAAAACGUUAAGUUUGUGCAACAACAAAACUUCUGGGUUGGUCCAAGCUCAGAGGCGCUGAUCCACCUGGGAGCCAAGUUUUCCCCGUGUAUGCGUCAAGACCUCGAGAUCCAGAAACUGAUCCAGGAGAAGAGAGCGAGGGAGAGGGAGUCGGGCUGCUGCGUGAGGAACGAUCGCUCCGGCUGCCUGCAGACGUUACAAGAGGAGUGCUCGAGCACCCUGGCAGUGUUUGUGAAGUGGCCUCAGCAUCCCAGUGCUCCCUAUCGAAAUGGCACGCUACGCCAACAUGGUGCAGUCUGCCAUCAGGACCCCAGAAUCUGUCUGGAGCCAGCCUCCAUUUCACCUCAUGAGUGGCCGGAUGACAUCACCACGUGGCCAGUUUGCACACGGUACAACUCUGGGAAUCACACCAACCUCCCCCACAUUGACUGCACCAUCACAGGCCGGCCCUGCUGCAUCGGGACCAAAGGACGAUGUGAAAUCACCUCAAGAGAGUAUUGUGACUUCAUGCACGGCUACUUCCACGAGGAGGCUACCCUCUGCUCACAGGUGGCUUGCAUGGACGACGUCUGCGGUUUGCUGCCUUUCCUCAACCCGGAGAUUCCAGACCAGUUCUCCCGACUCUGGAUGUCUCUCUUUCUUCAUGCUGGGAUCCUGCACUGCCUGGUGUCAGUGUUUUUCCAGAUGACGGUGUUGAGGGACAUUGAAAAGCUGGCUGGCUGGCUGAGGAUCUCCAUCAUCUACAUGCUCAGCGGCAUCACUGGCAACUUGGCCUCGGCCAUCUUCCUCCCCUACAGAGCAGAGGUGGGUCCCGCGGGCAGCCAGUUCGGCAUCCUGGCCUGUCUGUUUGUGGAGCUGUUUCAGAGCUGGCAGAUCCUCGAGCGACCGUGGCGAGCUUUCGCCAAGCUGCUGGCCAUCUCAGUCUUCUUCUUCUCCUUCGGUUUGCUUCCAUGGAUUGACAACUUUGCCCACAUCAGCGGAUUUGUGUCGGGGUUCUUCCUGUCCUUCGCCUUCCUGCCAUACAUCAGCUUUGGGCAAACCGACAUGUACCGGAAGCGGGUCCAGAUCUGUGUCUUCCUGCUGGUCUUUCUUGGUCUGCUCUCCGCCCUGGCCGUCCUCUUCUACGUCUACCCUGUGAAGUGCGACUGGUGCGAGUUCCUGACCUGCAUCCCGAUCACGGACAAGUUCUGCGAGAAGUACGACCUGAACGCUCACCUCCUCUGAACAUCAGCCCGCGGGGUAAACGUCAGCCGGACGUGUCUCAACAUCUCUUAAUGAUGGAUGUUGAUGAAGUUGAAAGUUGGAUAUUGAGCUGCAGUGCAACCUGUGACACUCCUCCUGGAAUAAUGAGCUUUCAGGAGUCCAUGUGGAUGCAUUCGUGUCACUGUUUGGAAAGGUGCAACAGACCCAUCAUGGAAAAAGCCUUCGGGCAUUUAUUCACACGCAUGGGAACAAAAAUAUCACUGUAAAGUUGACUGAAAAGGACUAAAGACUGAUUUCAUGUGUGAUUGAUCUAUAGCUGGGCUAAUCAAUGACUAGUCACACUGGAAGAGAGCUACAAAGACAACUAUUUCCUGCCAAAUUAUUUACCUGAAACAGCACCGCUUAGUGGCCAAAAGGAACAGUACACCUGCCAGUGGAGGACUUUAGUUUUGUACUUUUGUAUUGGUGCCCACACAGUGUUAUUUAAAACCCUCCAAGAAAUGAGACUAUAACCGGUGCCUUAUUGACACAAAAUUACACACAUGAUGUCUUUUUGUGCCACGUAUCAGUUUGUGUCAGCAGUUUUUUUUGACGUUUUGGGUUGUGCUCCUCAACCUCUGUAGAAACUGCGUCACACCAUCGGACCAGCUAUGACAAACUAUUAUAUGUUUUUACUUCAGUAUUCGGUGGCUGAAUUGGCACUUGUUUUUUUUUUACCACACAGGAAACGUUAGUUUCCACCACAGCCUUUAACACACUUCAAUCCCAAAUGGAUUGUAUGUUUUUUUACUAUACUCACCCUGUAUUACAGCUGUAAAUAACUCACUUGUAUGUUAAUCUGCUCCACUGUGAAUAGAUUUUACUGAGGUGAAUUUGUGUUUAUAUUCAAGCUGGUGGCGUUUUAGCUACAUAACAAUAAAUAAACACAACAGGAUGCAA